GCAACAAGGUGUACGUUCACCCCGAGUCUCCCAACACCGGGGCUCACUGGAUGAGGCAGGAGAUUUAUUUCGGGAAACUGAAGCUAACGAACAAUAAAGGUGCUAACAACAACAACGCACAGAUGAUAGUACUGCAAUCUCUACACAAGUACCAGCCUCGGCUUCACAUAGUGGAAGUGACUGAAGAUGGUGUUGAAGAUCUGAAUGAUUCCUCAAAGACCCAAACAUUUGUUUUCCCUGAAACGCAGUUUAUAGCAGUUACAGCAUAUCAGAACACUGAUAUUACCCAGCUCAAAAUUGAUCAUAAUCCUUUUGCGAAAGGCUUCAGAGACAACUAUGACUCAUCCCACCAGAUUGUCCCUGGUGCCCGAUACAGCAUGCAACCGUUUUUCCAAGAACAGUUUGUCAACAACAUGCCUCCAGCCAGGUUUUACAACAGUGAAAGGACUGUCCCUCAAACAAACGGCUUGCUCUCACCACAGCAGAAUGAAGAGGUAGCCAGCCCUCAGCGGUGGUUUGUUACUCCAGUACAGCAGCCCAGUACCAACAAACUGGACAUGAACUCCUAUGAGACAGAGUAUUCUCCUAGCACCUUGCUCCCUUAUGGCAUUAAAUCCCUCCCACUUCAGACAUCCCAUGCUCUGGGGUACUACCCUGACCCGACAUUUCCAUCCAUGACAGGCUGGGGGAGCAGGGGCUCUUACCAGCGAAAAACGACAACAGGAUUACCUUGGACCUCAAGAACAAGUCCUCCAGGUUUCUCUGAAGACCAGCUUUCCAAGGAGAAGGUGAAAGAAGAAAUUGGCUCAUCCUGGAUAGAGACUCCACCUUCCAUAAAGUCUCUAGAUUCAAAUGAUUCUGGGGUCUACACAGGUGCUUGUAAGAGAAGACGGUUCUCCCCUAGCACUUCCAGCAAUGAAAAUUCCCCAACUAUGAAAUGUGAGGACAUUAAUGCUGAGGACUAUAGCAAAGACACUUCAAAAGGCAUGGGCUACUAUGCAUUCUAUACUAGUUCUUAA